AUGUCCAAGCUCGUGUUCCUGGCCGUGCUCUUCGUCCUGCUGCUGCAGGCGUCGUCGCGCGCCGCGGCCCGCCGGCACCACCACGACCACGACCACGACCACGACCACCACGAUCACGACCACGACCACCACGAUCACGGCGAGCCGGACGACCCGUGCCGCGGUGGCGGCGGCCCGGGCCUGCUGGGCCACAAGGACCACGGCUGCUCGUCCCCGGCCGUGUCGCCGCACGGCGGCACGCCCGCGGUGAUGACGGUGAACGGGUUCCAGAAGGAUGAGGACGGCGGGGGGCCCUCCGAGUGCGACGGGAAGUACCACGACGACCGGGAGAUGCUCGUGGCGCUGUCCACGGGGUGGUACGCCGGCGGGCGGCGGUGCCACAAGCAGAUCCGCAUCACGCACAACGGGCGCACCGUGGUGGCAAAGGUCGUGGACGAGUGCGACUCCCGGCACGGGUGCAAGACCAACAUCGUCGACACGUCCAAGGCCGUCUGGCACGCGCUCGGGCUCGACACCAAGAUCGGCGAGGUCCCCGUCACCUGGUCCGACGCCUGA